CUGUUUUUUACUAAUAAAGAUUAAUUAUCAAAAAAAAAAAAAAAAAAACACAAAGUUCGAUCACCCACAAUGCCUUUCUCCAAUAACUCCACAGCCCUUCUCUUUCUUUGCUUGCUCAUCCUCACCACAAAAAUUAGAUCCGAUCCUCUUUCAAGUGACUGCCCAAAUUCAACGACUUUCACUCCUAACACCACCUACCACACCAAUCUCAAUCUCCUCCUCUCCAACCUCUCCUCCAACGCCACCACACCCGACAACGGAUUCUAUACCACCACCGCCGGUCGCAGCCCCAACACAGUCCAUGGCCUCUUUCUAUGCCGGGGCGAUGUUACCACCGAUCAAUGUCACAAUUGUGUCAAAACUGCAAGUCAAGAAAUCCUACAAGAGUGUCCCAAUAGGACCGUUACCACGGUUUGGUAUGACGAGUGCUUAUUGGGUUAUUCAAGCAGAAACAUCUUCUCCACAAUGGACAUAUCUGUUUGGAUUACUCUGCCCAACUCUACGAAUGUGAGCGAGGAACCUGACCGGUUUAUGGAGCUGUUGGCGAGCACAAUGGAUGAGUUAGCGGAUUGGGCAGAGACAAACCGGUCAGGUAAGAAAUUUGGUGCUAAAGUAGCUGACUUCACAGCGGUUCAGAAGCUGUAUGGGCUUGUACAGUGCACACCAGACUUGUCUACCGAUGAUUGCAACACCUGCCUUCGAGAUGCCAUAGCACGUCUUCCAAGUUGCUGCGGCGGAAAGCAGGGGGGAAGAGUUCUGUUUCCGAGCUGUAAUAUUCGUUACGAGACUCACCCUUUCUUCAAUAUCUCUGCCUCUACACCAGUGCCUGCGCCAGUUCCUCCUCCUCCUCCGGGUUCUAGUACCGGAAAAGGAGGAACCUCAAUAAUACAUUUCAUGUUUGAUUGUGUAGUUGGGGAUGAUAGCACAGAAAUAGAGUCCUUGUCAUAUGAUUUUGUAACAAUUGAAGCAGCCACAAAUAACUUCUCUCAUCAAAACAAAAUUGGUGAAGGUGGAUUUGGUGCGGUUUAUAAGGGUACACUUUCAACUGGACAAGAGAUAGCUGUGAAGAGACUAUCCAAAAGGUCCCGACAAGGUGCAGAAGAAUUCAAGAAUGAAGUUGUAUUGGUAGCCAAGCUUCAACACAGAAAUCUAGUUAGACUGCUGGGAUUCUGCUUGGAAAGAGAAGAAAAGUUGCUUAUCUAUGAAUUCGUCCCCAACAAAAGCCUCGACUAUUUCCUAUUUGGUUUGGCCCAUCUCAAAAAUUUUAUAGAGUUAUUGAAUUUAACUAUUUUUUUAUGUUCUACUCCUUAAAAUACAUUAUCUCCAUAAGACACCAUCUGAAUAAGCAAACAAAAAAAUUGGAUCUUAAAUAAACAUAUAUACUGUGUAUAUAGAUGUUCUAAAGGCCAAGAAAUGGUUUAUUUAUUUUUGGUUUC